AUGGAUAGGAGGGUUUUAUGGGAGGACUUGAGGUGGAAUAGUAUGAAUGAGGAUCCUUGUUUGUUUGCUGGCCAUUUUAACAUUAUUCAUAUGGAUUUGGAAAGGAGUGGUGUUAGAUCUAGGCCAAUAGUUGCUAUGGAUGAUUUUAACCGAUGGAUUCAUGAGGGUGGUUUAAUUGAUUUAAGUUCACAUGGUAGUAAAUUUUCUUGGUGUAAUGGUCAGAGUGGAUUAGCUAGAGCUUGGGCUAAACUGGAUCCAGUUUUAUUUGAUGCUAAUUUAAUGUCUAUUUUCCCUAAUGCGUCUUGUUCGUAUUUACCAAGGACGACUUCGGAUCAUUGUCCCAUGCUGAUAGAAUUUCUUAAGGAUCCUUAUUCCUAUGGUCCUCCUCCAUUUAGAUUUCAGCAAAUGUGGGUUGAGCACCUAGAAUUUAUAGAUUUUGUAAAGCAGGUGUGGUCUGUGCCGGUGGUUGGGACGGGGCUUGUUCAACUUGCUUGUAAGCUUAAAAAGGUUAAGGUGGCUCUUCAUGAAUGGAAUAAGCGGGUGUUUGGUAGGACCAAUGCUCAUUUGCAUCUUUGGAAGUGA